UAUUUUAUCCCUAUCGAAUAUUGUACACGAUGCGUCAAUGCAGCGACUGCUGGAAGCCUGGAAAAUAUUUUGGACGACCCUGAUCCACGAUUCAUGAUUCGUGAAUACUGAUUGUGAUUCGAGUUCAUAGUUUGUUUACGAUAUUGUCGAAUUACGUAAGAUUGCUGUAAUCGCUGUUUAAUGUAAAAGUGAUUUUCAAUAUAGUUACAUGUUAUUAAACUAUUAUUUGUUUGUGUAUACAAAUACAAAUUUACCAAGUUUUUCACUGUCGGUCAUUUCAAUUUACAAAAGUUCAAUUGCGCGGACGAACAAUCUGCGAGUCUGUCCAAACGAAAUACAAUCAUGUUUAAGAAAAUCAUGUCACGUAUUAACAAUAAAGGCAUCCCGUUGACACCAAUGUCGAAGAAAACGAUGCCCAAUCUGUACAAGACUACUGUGGCUUUGAAAACAUGGGGUAUGUCCGGAUUGUCUUUUGGUGUUACAAGUUUUGUACUGCUAUGUUAUAUGACAGAAUGGCGCACUGUACUACAAUUUUUUCCUUACUACAAUGGUAAAUAUAGCCAACUGGAAAUAGAAGAUAACUUGAAUAAAAUCCAUGAGGCCGAGCUUACCUUAGAACGCAAAGAAAAUGCUUUAAGAGAUUUUCAGCAAGAAAGAGAUGUAAAAUUCAAUGCGGAAAACAAAUAAUUCUUUAAGUUUUAAAAUCUUAAAAUAAACAUGAUAU